AUGGAAUCAAGCAUUGGGACUGAAUCGGAUACCAACCACGAAUUGAGAGAGUGUUUAUAUAAUGAACGAGAACGUCCACCGAAUGAAAUUUGGUUUUAUAAUCGAGGAGAAGCUUAUUUUGAGUUAUCUAAUUUUGCAGAAGGAUUUCCAAUAUUGGCAAAUCUUCCAAUAUCGUCGGCGAGCAAAGCGAUGACAUGUCAAGAUCAACGCACGUGGCCUACGAGUGAGCACCUCUUCCAAGCAAUGAAGUUCCGAGAAACUCGACCCGACGUUGCGGAAAAAAUUCGUCAUUGUCGUUCAGCGCGCGACGCGUUGAAUCUAUCUCGUCGACAUCCAGAAUUCGUAGAUCCCAGGUGGCAUGAGACGAAAUUAGAAAUUAUGGAAUGGGUAGUGAAACAGAAAUUUACUCAACACAAGAUACUCGCAGACCAUUUGUUGGCUACUGGCGACAAAAUUCUCGUUGAACACACACGGUUUGAUAAAUUCUGGGGUGAUGGCGGAAAUGGCCAGGGAAAUAACCAUUUGGGGAAGGUAUUGAUGAGAGUCAGGUCGUUUAUCAGGGAGGCACGAAGGGGUGGGAAUGAGGAUGGAGUAGGAAGAUGA